AUGUUCAGAUCCGGCUACGGCGAUAUGCUACAUGACAAGGACAGGAACGUCAAGUAUAUGGAAGGUCUGAGAAACGUCUUGCAGCGCUACAAAUCGCUCGACAAGCCAGUGCACGUAUUGGAUAUCGGAACGGGCACUGGGCUGCUGGCGAUGUUAGCCGCUAGACUGGGGGCUGAUCGAGUGACCGCUUGCGAAUCCUUCAAACCGGCAUUCGACGUUGCAAAAGAGAUAAUCAGGCUUAACGGUUUCGAUGACGUCAUAACGGUGAUCGACAAACGUUCAACGGACAUGACCGAAGGUUAUCAUUUAUAG